AUGCCUCAGAUGAGAAUGGACAAUCUACCGGCUAGAAACAAACAUUUCAGGGCUAUCAAGGCCCGCCUAAGGCGAUACAUAGAGCCAUAUCUUUCGCAGUACUCUCCAACGAAAGAGCCCCAGAGCAAUAUGAGAGAAGACUGGAGAUUUGAAUUCGACAGGCCUGCUUACGAUUUUGCAUAUUUAUGUAAGCUCCAACCAGACAAGUCCAAUCAUGACGAUCAGUCGAAAAGGGCAGUCCUCCAAAGUCGAUCAUGGAACAUCGUACUCGGCUCUCCGCAGAAGCCGGCAUGUUUGAGCUCACGGCUCUGCUCCAAUGAGACGAUUGAAUGUGUUCCAGUACGACAAAAAAGGCAGAAACCUAGUGAAGAUCCGUCCAGUUGGAAGCCUGCUGUCUUCUUUGAGGGACCUGAAGAGGCAGUGGAGUGCCUCGUCGAUCGUUGGACUUCGUACUCGGGUCCUUGUUCUGACGCUGGUGGGCUUAACCUUCAGCCUAGGACUUUCCGCCUACCAGAUGCUCUGGAUUUCCCUAAAUGA